AUGGACUCCUUCGAAUACAACCCCAAUCCCGGCCGGGUCGUGUUCGGCAGCGGUACACUGCAGAAACUCCCUGAGGAGAUCGCCCGCCUGCAAGUUAAAUCUCCAUUGGUGCUGUCCACACCCCAGCAAAUUAGCCAGGCCGAGACUGUGAAGGAUGUUCUCAAGGGCCAAGUCGCUGGAAUCUUCAGCGAGGCCACUAUGCACACCCCAACCCAUAUCACCGAUAAGGCACUCGAAUAUGCGAAGGCCCAGGGUGCUGAUGCAGUGAUUUCCAUUGGCGGUGGAAGCACUAUUGGUCUUGGAAAGGCGAUCAGUAUUCGCACCGGAUUGCCUCACAUCUGUAUCCCGACCACUUAUGCCGGUAGUGAGAUGACUCCCAUCUUGGGAGAAACAGCCGAUGGAUUGAAGAAGACGCGCUCUGAUCCGAAGAUCCUGCCUGGCACCGUCAUCUACGAUGUGGACUUGACUAUGACCCUUCCGGCAGCUAUGAGUGCCACCAGUGGAGUCAAUGCCAUUGCCCACGCCGUCGAGGCACUUUACGCUCGCAACACCAACCCUAUUAUCACCAUGAUGGCCAUUGAAGGCACUCGGGCCCUUGCAUCUGCCCUCCCUGAGAUUGUUGAGAACCCAUCUUCUCAAUCCGCCCGCUCCAAGGCUCUCUACGGCGCUUGGCUCUGUGGUACCUGCCUCGGUAGCGUGGGCAUGUCCAUUCACCACAAGCUCUGUCACACUCUCGGUGGCAGCUUCAACCUCCCUCAUGCAGAGACUCACACCGCUGUCUUGCCUCACGCCAUUUCUUAUAACGCGCCCAAUAUUCCCGACGCCAUGAAGAAGCUUGCAGAUGCACUGCCGGAUAGCAAUGGCGACGCAAUCCAUGGACUGAAUGUCUUGUUGACUAAGCUGAAGGUUAAGCGUGGCCUGAAGGACUACGGUAUGAAGGAGGAGGAUAUUGACAAGGCCGCUGACAUUGCCGUGUCUAACCCUUACUGGAACCCACGAGCAAUUGAGCGGACACCCAUUCGUGAGCUGAUUCGCAGGGUCUGGGAGGGUGAGCAGGCGAGCGCAAACCUGUAG